AUGCAAGCCGAGAAGAGCGAGAAAGAGGGUGCAGCGCAUGUGCUGUGCCUCAACGCCGGAUCUUCGUCGCUCAAGUUCAAGGUGUACGCGACGCCGGAACUGCACACUGUGCUCGGUGGGUCAGUGAAGCUCAGUGACAGCGGCGCGAAGGUGUGCAUUCGAGGCGAGAGCGGAGUGUACGAGGAGGAGCAAGAGUGGGACGCCAUCUCGCCCGGUGUGCUGGAGCACAUCCUUGCGAUGAUGAAGAGGUUUGAAGAGGUUGAUAUUCGGACGGUGGUGCACCGAGUCGUGCAUGGUGCACACCUGUCGUCGGGCGUGGCCAUCACGAAGGAAGAUCAGCACCACCUGCAAACGCUCGAGUGGCUGGCGCGAUUCGCACCGCUGCACAACGGCGUGUCGGUCUCGCUCAUCCGUGCAUGCCUGGCAUCGUCGCUGUUGCGCGACUGCGAGAACGUGUGUUGCUUCGACACGCACUUCCACGCGACGAUCGACGAGGUGAGGGGCAGGUAUCUGCUCGACCGGGGUUUGGCGGGAAGCGCCUUGCCCGGCGGGAUGGAGAUGCGAAGGUGGGGCUUCCACGGUCUGUCGUACGAAGCAGUGCUGCACACCCUCCCUGCGGUUCUGGGGAGGGAGAGGGCAGAGGUGAAUGCGAUCCUGUGUCACCUGGGCGCAGGAAGCUCCGUGUGCGCAGUGGUACAAGGUCGAAGCUGGGAUACGUCCAUGGGGUUGACGCCGCUAGAAGGGUUGCCCGGUGCGACGAGGAGUGGGACUGUAGACCCCGUGCUGGUGAUGCACAUCCCCCGCGCGAACGAGAGGCAGCCCUCGGGUGUAACGCACGCCGAAGAGGUGCUCAACCAGCACAGCGGGUUCAAGGCUGUUGCUGGCACGAGCGAUUUCAGGACCCUCGUCGAGCGGCGCAAGACGGACAGCAGCGAAGGAAAGAGCGCCAAGCUGGCUUUCGACAUGUAUGUGGAUCGUCUCGUCGGGUUUCUGGGGAGUUAUGCGGCCAAGAUGAGUGCACGUGGCGGAGUGCAUGCGGUCGUGUUUACCGGCGGUAUUGGAGAGGCGAGCCACGAGCUGCAUGUCGCACUGGCACAUGCGCUCGACUUGUCCCCCCUCGCCCCCGCCGACAUCGCAACGAAGGCGAGGGAAGGAUGUCGCCAGCUCGGUCGUGGGGGGCUUGGAUUGGAUGAGAGUGGCUCGGUGCCGUGGUUGGGCUGCGCAUAUAAACUCGCGCCUUCCCCCUUCGAUCCUGUUUGCGAAACGACAACCAUGUCGAACGCCAACCACCCCGCCAACCGGGUCAUCUCGACGAGCAUCGACAUUGCCGCCCCCAUCGAGGUGGUGCGCAGCGUGCUGCUCGAUUUCGCGUCGUACCCGGACUGGGCGAGCUUCGUCACCUCGAUCAGCACCUCCAAUCUCGCCGUCGGAUCAAAGCUCAGCGUUCGUAUCGAGCCGCCCGGAGGUACAGCCAUGACCAUGACACCCACCGUCGUGCUGCUCGACGAUCGCGGAUUUGGAUGGCAGGGGCAUCUGGCCAACUGGCCCGGAUUGUUCGAUGGCAGACACCUGUUUCUGUUGCAUCAAGAUGCAGACGGCACGAGGCUGGAACAUCGCGAGGAGUUUGGUGGCGUGCUGUACACCCCGCUCAUGGGUUGGCUGGGCAUGGGCGCCAAGACGAAGAACGGGUUCGAGGCGUUCAAUCAGGCCAUCAAGAGCAGGGCCGAGGAGGUGGCGCGCAAGUAG